GGAGCGGCUCGGAGCGGCUCGGAGCGGCUCGGAGCGCGGCGGCGGCGCUGCCAUGUGCACGAUGUCGUUCAAGAAGGAGACCCCCCUGGCCAACGCUGCCUUUUGGGCUGCAAGGAAGGGCAACCUGGCUCUGCUGCAGCUGCUGCUGAACAGCGGGCGAGUAGAUGUGGACUGCAAGGACAGCCUUGGCACAACAGCCCUGAUGGUAGCAUCUUACUAUGGCCACAUAGACUGUGUACGAGAAUUGGUCUUGCAAGGAGCAGAUAUCAACCUGCAGAGAGAGACAGGUGCAACUCCUCUCUUCUUUGCUGCACAGCAAGGCCACAACGAGGUGGUGAAGUUUCUCUUUCAGUUUGGAGCCUCCACUGAAUUUAAGAACAAGGAUGGAGGCACUGCUCUCCUGGCUGCUUCUCAGUACGGGCAUGCAAAGGUGGUGGAAACCCUCCUGAAGCACGGUGCCAACAUCCACGACCAGCUCUAUGAUGGAGCUUCUGCAAUCUUCCUGGCAGCGCAAGGAGGCUACCUGGACGUGAUCCGCCUGCUGCUGUCCUCGGGAGCCAAGGUCAACCAGCCGCGGCAGGACGGGACAGCUCCCCUCUGGAUCGCCUCCCAGAUGGGCCACAGCGAGGUGGUGCGAGUGAUGCUGCUGCGGGGAGCCGAGCGAGACGCCGCAAGGGACGAUGGAACCACUGCCCUGCUGAAGGCUGCCAUUAAAGGCUACAACAAUGUCAUAGAGGAGCUGCUGAAAUUCUCUCCCACACUUGGGCUGCUGAAGAACGGGACCUCUGCUCUGCACGCAGCUGUGCUGAGCGGCAACGCGAGGACGGUGGCACUGCUCCUUGAGGCAGGAGCUGACCCCUGCCUGAGGAACAAGGCAAACGAGCUGCCCGAAGAGCUCACCAAGAACGAACGCAUCCUGCGCCUGCUCCGCACCAAGGAGAAGCAGAGGAAGAGUUAAUGCAGCCCUGCAGCAGCUCGACAGACGUGCACCCUGCCCACAGUAGCCUGACAGUAACCCUUGGUGCCCACCAAGGGCUGGCUGGACCAGUUAGCAGAACUGAUAGCCCCUCCAGUAGCUCCCUGAAGGCGCCAGGCCCUGGCCGCGGGGCAUGGCAGCCACGGGACUGCGACAGCAGGGCUGGCCUGGGAGCUGCUCUGCACUGCAGCCCAACCUGCACUCCUGGACCCGAGGCACCACACUGGCUCCUCCAUGCCUGCAGGGUGCCCCUGCCCCUGCUCCUGCCCGCCAGACACGUGUCCCUGUGCUGGCACAGCUGCACACCCUGACGGGUGCCGUGCGGUGCAGGUCUGGGGCAGGAGGACCAAAGGACACCCAGACCUCACAGCUGCUUGGAUGGGAGUGGUCCUGGAGCAGCCCCACAUGCCCCUGCCCUCCCCUUGCUGGCACUGCUGGCUCAGACCAUUCCUCUCCGUCUCCAAGUGCCACAUGGGGCUAGAGGUGAGAUCCCAGCUGUGACACCCCAGCAGGAAGAUUCCUCCUGCCAGCCCAGGGCUUUGGUAACGUUUUGGCUGCUACAUGAAGCUCCACCAAAAAAAAAUGAUCCAAAGCACCACAAAGUGUGCCAAAAGCUGCCAACCAAACCAUAAGGAAGGAGGUGUCCUCCUCAGCAUCUUGACCAGUCAAUCUGUCCAGCAGCAGGAUCACAGCAGAGCAGCUGACAAUGGAAGAGGAGGAUCCACCUCCAGCCCUACGCUCCAGCACUGCUGUGGGCAGGGGAGGACCAGCUGCUGAGCAAACCACCCAGGGCAUAUCAUUCACUGGAGCAACUAGACCCAAAAUUCAGCUGCUGGGUGCCACAGCAGAGGAGCUGCACCAAUGGUGUGUGCCUGCUGUGCACACCUGUGUGGCUCCAUGGUUUAGUACCCACAGCUACUAUGCAAUGCACUUGUUCCUCAGGUCUGCAACGGGGUCAGGGGAGAAGUGCUCACAGUCCAAGGGGUACAAUAGGUGCUGAGAGAGUUACAGGUAGCCACCCUCCAGCAGGCCACUAAUUAAUGCAGGCAUGGAAAAUGAAGGGGCAAUGGUGGAAGCUGAGGCAGAGGAAGUGUCAUGGAAACAUCAGGAGGAAUUUUUACCCUGUGAGGGUGACAGAGCCCUGGAACAGGCUGCCCAGGGGGCUGUGGAGCCUCCCUCUCUGGAGGUAUUCAAACCUGCCUCCUCUCUGGAGAUGUUCAAAACCUGCCUGUGUGAUCUGGGCUAGGUGAUCCUGCACUGCAGGGGGCUGGACUGGCUGAACGUUGAAGGUCCCCUCCAGCCCCUGACAUUCUGUGAUUCUGUCAUGCCUCUUGUCCUGUCACUGGGGUGCCCUGGGGAGAGCCUGGACCCAUCUUCCUGACACCCAUCCCUUAGAUAUUGGUAAGCAUUGAUAAGAUCCCACUCAGGCUCCUCCAAGCUAAACAGCCCCAGCUCUCUCAACCUUCCACAUGAGAGAUGCUCCAGUCCCCUCAUCAUCUCGGUGCCAUGGUCUAGUUGAUUGGAUAGGGCUGGGUGCUAGGUUGGACUGGGUGAUCUUGGAGGUCUCUUCCAACCUGCUUGAUUCUAUCUUAGUGGUCCUGUGCUGGACUCUCUCCUUCUUGAGCUGUAGUGCUCAGAACUGGACACAGUACUGCAGGUAGGGCCACACUGAUGCAGAGCAAAGGGGGAGGAGAACCUUCUUUGUCCUACUGGCCAUACUCUUCUUAACAGGUCUCAGAAUGCCAUUGGCCUUCUUGGCUGUGAGGUCAUUCUGUCCUCUCCCAGGACUCUCAGAUCCUCUCUGUCAGCGCUGCUCUCACAGCAGUUUGCUUCAGCAAACUGUCACAGGAGAUGUGAGGGUGAAAUGGUGCUGAGGAGUGGGCUCCAGCCUGUCUGGAGCUGUGCCUUGUCCCAGAACAUGUGCAGAGCUGCAUUUCUGGCAGGCCUGGGUUGCAUCUCUGGCUGGACUCUGCUCUUCCCUACAAACCCAUUCCCAGAAACACAACACGGAGUUGGAGUCUCCCUCUCUGGAGGUACUCAAGACCUGCCUGGAUGUGUUCCUGUGUGACCUGCUCUGGGUGAUCCUGCUCUCACUGGGUAAGCUGUGGAGGUCCCUUCCAGCCCCUGACAUUCUGUGAUUCUGUGAGCUAAUUUUGACCACUCUUAUGGUGAGGAUGCUUAGAGCAGUGUCUGGGAAGGUGGUGCUGACUGCAGAUGGUUUGUGAAGAGCUCUGCUGCAGGACACCCCCUGAAUGCUCAGUCCCCAGGCUGCCCAGGGAGGUGGUGGAGUCCCCACCACUGGAGCUAUGCAAGAAACCAGUUGCCAUGGCA